UGAAAUGCUUUUUAAAUCAUCUAAAAAAAUAUGCUACAAAAUAUAAGAAGCGAUUGAGAAAAAUGUGAAAAUGACUGUCAACUGUCUGAAUAACUGAAAAACAUGUUAGAUAAACAACAAGAGAAGCAGUCAUCAUUUACUAAAUGCAAGUCGCUUUUUAGGAAUCCUAGUUUACUAUUCGAAUUUCAAACCGAAACAGUCAAACUGCUUGUGUACAAUUAUGCCAUUGUAUUACUAAUUGCAAAUCAAGAUGUUGGCUGGAACUAUAAAUUCAAUGGGAACGAAAUAGCAAAUCGAUUUGGUCAAGAACUGAUCGAGCCGACCAUUCUAUCGAAAUUCGGAUUCUGUUUUCGAUUGUUGACAAUUAUAUUGAACACAUUGGCCGUCAAUGUCAUCAUUAAUCCGAAACGGAAUAAUCGCACAUUCCUACUGCCAUGCAUUCUUUGGAAUUUUUAUAGUAUUACUGCAGUGGCAGAAAACAUUACGGAAAUUAUAUGGACCAUGUGCCUGUUGGAGGUUCCUUUUCACUUAUUUCUCACCAUUUCAAUGGUUGGUAUAUUUAUGAUUUGUUUACAAAGUAAAUUAACGCUGCAAGUAUUACGUUUCUACGAGUAUUUAAAUUAUGUAUAGUAAGUAUUUUAAGCGGCUGUCAUUGAUAUAUAGCAAUUGUAAAAUGAUAAAUAUACAAAAGUAUAUGUAAUAAUAAAAAGGAAAGUAUGAUGGCUAUAAACUAUCAUUCACUUACUCGCAUCAAUACAACGUGACUUUACAAAUAAGCUAUUUACAAAUUUGCGUGCCUUAAAGUUCCUUGGACUAGGCCAAACUCCCACACAAAUUUGCUCACGUAUCGAAUAGCACAGACGUGGAUCAUCUAGAUAAAUAUGUUUUAGCUGAAAUAUUAGUUUAAUAUAUGUUUAUAGCUUUUAAUACCUGGAGCAAAGCGUAAAUUUUGAUUGUAUUGAGUAGCAAUUUCGUCUGAAUCAAAAAUUGUUUUUUGCUUGCCACCGCCCGGUUCAUUGUUCGGCAAUAUGCUCACUAAGUCUUCUACUUGUUGGGAUGUAAUGCGAUUUAUACUGGAAUACAUAAAAGAAAUAACUCUUGAAAUAUAAACUAUAGUUCCGUUUUUUGCAAAUGCAAUUAAAUUAUGCUUUGUCAAGCUCGAAAAAGUAUGGAACCUAAUGUAGCUAGUAAAUAAUGCUGCUUAAAAAAUUUCAUACAACGUCUGUUAAGUUCAACUCACAACUCUUGCUUCGAGAAAAUCGUUUAUAAAAUAAAAGUGAUUAGAGAAAUAUAUAGAUUACAUGCAUUUACCUUGUAUGCCAUGAAGUAGAUCCUGUGCCAGUGCUAACACAUAACCCCGAACAUUUGGUUUUAUUGUCUAUGUUCUCGUGAUUGAUAACUAAUUGUAAAUGGGAUACACGAGCAGAAAGUUGCUCCCCUAUAAACACCUGAAUUAAAAAAAGUGUAUGUCAUGUUUGUUUAUUUCUAUUAUAUAUGUAUGUAUGUAUAUAAACUUCUAUUCACCUCGUUUAAUGCCAAAUAAGGUAAAACUCUUUUCAUUUUGGCCUUAUAACGUAAUGACCACACUUUACUCAAGUAUUCUGGUUCAGUUUUCUCUUGUUCCAUUUUGGUUACAGUGUGUCGAUAUAAGUCGGUAGAUUCGGGUAUUUUGCCAUUACUGCCUAGUAUAGAUGUACGGAUACGAGUACGAUACAUCCAUUGAAAAUCACCCUGUCAAAUAAAAUUCACUCAUGCAAUUUAAAAGCUGUAAAUAACAUUCUUCAAUUUACCUACGCUCUUUAUCUUGCUAACCGCAUCAGCGGUAUUUUCUGUAUAAUGUUUUGGUAACAUUAAUCGUCCUUCAGAUCGCGCGGGAUCUGAAUUAAAGCCAACAAUGGGUGUUUUAUGUUGACUUUGAGCGAAUAGAGGACUUGCACGCCCAGCUGCUAGCAAAAACGUUCCAUCACCGCCUACCGGUACAAUCAAAUCAGCCCAUUUCAUGAUCUCUUUGCUUAGAGAGCUUCUAAAUUCGACUCUAAUUUUAGUAAAUUCAAACAUUCAUCAAUCAUUCAGACAGACGCAGACACAUGUAUGUAUGUAUGCAAUAUGGGAAU